AUUGAGUGCGGUAGGUCUCCAUACAACUUGUGCGGGUCCAUCGAAAGAUAUACUAAUUCUAAAGUGCUGUACACUUCUACAUUUUGAAACCCAUAGCAGAGGCAUUGUUAUUUUCUACAUAUUUUGUUAACUCGUUCAAUCUGGAAAUGUCGAGCAAGAUUAAGCUGAGUGGCGGGCGGUACGCCGAGGAGCUUCCUGGCGCACUGAUGCAGCGCUACGUCCAAGACUUCACCGGGACUAUGGGGCCGAUGUUGCGCAUUGAGCCCUCUGGCACUAUCGUCACGCACGACUACAAACACUUUAUUGAUGAAAUAUAUAAUUUCAAGUUUCGGCCUGACGACGUUUUGGUAAUGACAUACCCGAAGUGCGGCACCACCUGGUGCCAGGAGAUCGUUUGGAACAUGAGGAAUAACCCCAACCUGGACCACCCCAACCCAGAAGAACCAUUACUUUCAAGGAGCCCAUUUAUUGAAGCAGACAUGCUGACGUUUGGGACGAUGCAGCAGAUGCCUUUCGACACGUUUCUUUCCGACGCCAUGUUUACCAACUUCAGAUCUCGCUGUCCUAAUUUGGACUCAAAACGUGGAAUCCACCUUCAGGUGGCAGAAUCGCAAAAGGAGCCUCGCACCCUCAAGACGCACCUGCCCUUCUCCUGCUUCGCCCCCGGCCUGCUGGAUAAGUGCAAGGUUGUCUUCGUGAUCCGCCACCCCAAGGACGUAGUGUUGUCGUACCAACAUCACUGCCGCCUCAUAAUGAGCCAUGGGUUCACGGGUACUCAGGACGUCUUCAUCAAGUACUUCGUGGACAACUUGCUGCUCUGGGGUUCGUACGGCAACAUGGUGCGGGAGGUGAUGCAGUAUAAAACGCACCCCAACCUGCACGUGAUGUUCUACGAGGUCAUGAAGGCCGACAUCGCCGCUGAACUGCGUAAACUCAACACGUUCCUCGGCACCGGCCUGUCGGAAGGGCAGCUCCGAAACGUGCAGAAGCAGACGAGCUUCAACAACAUGCAGAGGUUCGACCCGAUGCGGAUGAUGUCGUCUGUGAUGUGCAACAAAGACGUCGCCCAGAACGACGGAGCCUUCAUCAGGAACGGAGUUUCUGGCGCGUGGAAGGGUAAGCUGACGGCGGAGCAGGAGAAGCUGCUGGACGACUACAUCGCUGAGAACUUCCUGGACCCCGAGCUCAGGGCCAGGUUCCUGUGAUACUUCCAUGUCCGGAUAUCAGUGUUGGCCUCAAGCCGAAAUCUUAUAAGGAGCAUACUUGAAUGUUACAAGUGAAUAUAAAGCCAGAUAAAAUGGCGUAUUCUUGUUUGGUGGGCAAGGUGCUUGCACCUAAAUUGGACUGUAAAUGUACAUGUUGAAAGUUUAA